AUGGAAUUUUCUCAUCGACUUAGGACCUGGGUUCUGACCAUUUUCUUGAUAUUUCAAUCGGGAUAUGGGUGGUACCUUCCCGGUAGUUACCCUCACAAGUACGUUGUCGGGGACACCUUAGGGGUGAAAGUGAACUCUCUGACCUCCAUUGAUACAGAAAUACCCUUUAGCUAUUACAGUUUGCCCUUUUGUCAGCCCCAUGAUGGGGUUAAGGACAGUGCUGAGAAUCUCGGUGAGCUCCUCAUGGGAGACCGCAUUGAGAACUCUCCAUAUCAGUUUAAGAUGUACACCAAUGAGUCUGAGAUCUUCUUGUGUCACACGGGUCCAUUGUCGGGAGAUCAGUUUAAUCUCUUGAAGAAGAGGAUUGAUGAGAUGUAUCAGGUCAAUUUGAUUCUCGAUAAUUUGCCUGCGAUCCGGUAUACCAAGAAGGAGGGCUUUGUGUUGCGGUGGACUGGGUAUCCAGUAGGAAUUAAGGUUAAGGAUGUGUACUACGUGUUUAAUCAUUUGAAGUUCAAGGUACUUGUUCAUAAGUACGAGGAACCCAAUGUCGCACGUGUGAUGGGUACUGGUGAUGGGGCGGAGGUCAUCCCAACAGUUGCCAAAUCAGAUUCAGAUGUGCCCGGGUAUAUUAUUGUAGGAUUUGAGGUGAUACCUUGCAGUUUCAUGCAUAAUGCAGACUCUGUGAAGAAGUCGAAAAUGUAUGAAAAGUACCCUGCUCCUAUUAAAUGUGAUCCCACCACUGUGGCAAUGCCCGUUAAUGAAAAGCAGCCAAUUGUCUUCACAUAUGAGGUUGAAUUUGAGGAGAGUGACAUCAAGUGGCCCUCGCGGUGGGAUGCUUAUUUGAAGAUGGAGGGUUCCAAAGUCCAUUGGUUCUCUAUUCUCAAUUCUCUGAUGGUGAUCACUUUCCUUGCUGGUAUUGUCCUUGUGAUCUUCUUGAGGACUGUUCGGAGGGAUCUUACUCGUUAUGAAGAGCUUGACAAAGAGGCUCAAGCACAGAUGAAUGAGGAGUUGUCUGGCUGGAAGCUUGUUGUUGGAGAUGUUUUCCGUGCUCCAAGCAAUGCUUCCCUAUUGUGUAUAAUGGUUGGUGAUGGGGUUCAGAUCCUCGGGAUGGCAGUGGUGACCAUAUUGUUUGCUGCUCUUGGGUUCAUGUCACCAGCUUCUCGAGGGACACUUAUUACAGGUAUGCUAUUUUUCUAUAUGAUCCUUGGUAUUGCAGCUGGUUAUGUUGCUGUUCGUCUUUGGAGGACAAUUGGUUGUGGAGAUCACAAGGGAUGGGUUUCAGUCUCAUGGAAGGUUGCUUGUUUCUUCCCUGGAAUUGCCUUUUUGAUUCUGACCACUCUGAAUUUCCUAUUGUGGGGUAGUCACAGCACAGGAGCCAUUCCAUUUUCUCUAUUUGUUAUUCUCCUUUUGCUCUGGUUCUGCAUCUCUGUUCCCCUUACCCUCAUUGGUGGAUACCUUGGGGCCAAGGCACCUCACAUUGAGUACCCAGUACGAACCAAUCAGAUUCCUAGAGAAAUCCCAGCACAGAAAUACCCAUCCUGGCUGUUGGUUCUUGGGGCUGGCACUCUUCCGUUUGGCACCCUAUUCAUUGAGCUCUUCUUUAUCAUGUCUAGCAUUUGGAUGGGCCGUGUUUAUUAUGUGUUUGGGUUUCUCUUCAUCGUAUUGAUCCUUCUUGUUGUGGUUUGUGCUGAGGUUUCUCUAGUUCUAACCUACAUGCAUCUUUGUGUGGAGGACUGGAAAUGGUGGUGGAAGUCCUUCUUUGCUUCUGGUUCGGUUGCCAUAUACAUUUUCUUGUACUCCAUAAACUACCUUGUAUUUGAUCUUAAGAGCCUAAGUGGACCUGUCUCAGCCACGCUUUACUUGGGGUACUCGCUCUUCAUGGUGGUGGCCAUCAUGCUUGCGACAGGCACAGUUGGAUUCCUUUCGUCAUUCUGGUUUGUGCACUACCUGUUCUCUUCGGUGAAGCUGGACUGA